AAAUCUUUACACUAUAUAAAUACCUUACUCUAUUCAUAAUAACUCCAGCAAGAACUUAACUCCACAAAUCAUAAGUUUCCUUCUUUACUUUCUUUUGCAAAAACAAAAUAUAAAAGAAAUGUCUCUCAUGCCUGUAUUUGGUGGUCGGAGAAAUCAUGCACACCAGAUGCAUGAUCCUUACUCCGACCACCAUGCAAACAAGGUGCAUGAUCCUUAUUCUGACCACCAUGCACCUCUGGUUCAUGAUCCCUAUUCUCACCACACACGUCCUUAUUCUCAUCAACAAGCACACCAAGUGCAUGAUCCUUUUGCUCAUGAAGUUUGGGAUUCUUUCCACGAAUUUUAUCUCGAAAGUCCUCGAUCCCUCAUAGCCCCAGCACCAUCUUUCCACCAUGCACCUGCAACGAUGGCUCAAAUCGAGUACAAAGAAACACCAGAGGCACAUAUCUUUAGGUGUAACUUGCAUGGCUACAAGAAAGAAGACGUCAAAGUACAGGUGGAGGAUGACAAAGUACUGAAGAUCACUGGGGAAAAGAGGAUGAAGAAAGAAGACAAUUGGCACCAUUAUGAAAGAAGCAGUGGAAAAUUCUUCACUUCUUUUUCACUGCCUGUGAAUUCUAGGGCUGAUUAUGUGAAGUCAUCCAUGGAGAAUGGAAUGCUCACAAUAACUGUUCCUAAGAAGGAAAUCCACAGGAACCUCCACCAUCUUAGAACUGUUCAAAUAAAUUAAUUAAUUAAAAAGGAUGAAUUUUAUUAUGGCAUGUGUCUUGUUUGGUACUCCACAUAUGUGUAAUAUAAUAUUGUGGAAUGAGAAGUAAAAUAAAAGAGUAAAAUAUUUUACUAUAUAUGGAGAAAAAAGAAGAUUAAGUUUGGCAUAUGCUUGUGUAAUGUUAGUAGUAACUAGUACUUCAUAAAUAAAAUGGUGUUUCUAUA